AUGCACUCCUCUCUAACCCGCAUCCAGUCGGUAUUCGGCUUCUUCACCACAGUCGCAUUGGUUGUCAGCGCAUUUGCCGCUAUAUCAGUCCUGCUCUUUCCAGCAGAUGAGACUAAUGCCUCCGUACAGCUGAAGAACGUCCAGGUCGUCAAAGGUCGACCACACUACCACUCGACCAAACGCGAAGAAUACGCCUCCUUCCGAUUCGACCUCGACGCCGAUCUCAGCCCACUCUUCAACUGGAAUACCAAGCAGCUCUUCGUCUACGUAUACGCGACCUACUCAUCAUCCGAUAAAGCAGACUCACAAGUCCACGACUCUGAAGCCAUAAUCUGGGACGUGAUCAUCCCCGCGACACCGUCACCGUACUCCUUUGAUGUCCUGAAAGACCGCGUAACAGCACUCCUCCCGGCCUCGCUCUCAUCAUCCUCCGCGUCAGCCGCGAGACGGAACAAGAACCGCAUUGCGAAGAAAACUAAGGCAUCCAAGAAGGCCGAGACCGUCAAUCCCGGUGUUUUGAGGCUGCGUGGCCAGAAGGGCAAGUACCAGAUUAGUGAUAUUACUGGACAUCUUGCGGAGCGCCAGAACGUGACUCUCCACGUUGGGUGGAAUGUUCAGCCGUGGGUUGGGGCCUUGUUCUGGGCUCCUGGGACUGGGGCUGUGCCGCGGACUGCGGGGACAGUUGUCAGUAGUGAGGUUUUUGAUUACCCUGAGUUGAAGGGGAAUAAGAAGGCUGCUGCUGAGGCAAAGGCUAAGGCUGAGACGGCGAGCGUAUAG